AUGCUCCUAGAAGACCAAAGAUUCCUCCAUGAGGACCUCGAACGCCUUGAACAAGGAAUAACGGAUCGUGUGGCGGAAGAACCCCGAAAUAUCAAAGACAGGUUAAAUCGCGACCACCAAAUAAAUGGUUUUCUCACACGAAUACAAGAACAAUCAAAGCGGUUGCUCGAUAUUUACAAAGAUGCCGAGGGUCUUCGCCUCCAAGAGAUCCAGAGCCUUUCCACCGGCGACCCCUUCGAAGAAUUCUACAAACAGUUAGAGGAAGUCAAGGAUUUUCAUCGUCGUUAUCCUAAUGAACCUGUCGAGAACCUCGAACGGGCGUACAAGCGCAGGCGGCCAGAGGAGGGAGAAACCAUCACCUCUGAGAUCGACAACAUGUUCACUGGCGAAGAGUCCAACGGUAGAUUUCUGGACCUCACAUCCCUGCAUGAAGACUACCUCAAUCUUCCGGGAGUCAAACGACUGACAUAUCUCCAAUAUCUCGACAACUUCGAUGCCUUUGAGCCGCCGCGCAUGCCCAUCAAACGGCAGAACAAGAUCACGGACGCGUACCUGAAGUACGUCGUGGAUUUGGCUAGCUACCUGGAAGGAUUUGUACGAAGGACAAGACCCUUAGACGACUUGCCGAAACUCUUCCUUCGACUAGAUCGAGAAUUCGAGACCGCUUGGGAAUCAGGUACAGUGCCGGGUUGGACAAAAGAUCAAUCUAUGACAGCGACCACAGCAGAUCCACAAACCGAAGGUACAGGAUCUGGGGUGUGGUGUCCCGAUUGCGAAAAGGAAUUUAACAACCAAAAUGUUUACAAAGCCCAUCUCACGGGUAAAAAGCAUCUGCGCAACGCUGAAGCCAAAAAGGCACAGGCCAACGGUUCUACAAGCGGCAUGUCCACGACUUCAUCAACAUCCACAUCUCUCUCUGGCACACAACUGAAAGAACGCGUGAUCGCAUCGCACGAGUCUCGAAUCCGUGCCCUCGCCGACCUCCUCUCCAACGAACGAAGCAAUACCCGAGUCAACGUCGAGCGCAAGCAAGGCAUGACGGAGCGCGAACGUCAAGCGGAGCUAGAUGCUCUUUUCGCCGAAGACGACGCGGCUGUAGCGGCUUCUGAACGUCGCGCCGCCGGUGCUCAUGGUGAAGACUCUGGCUCCGACUCCGACAGCGACGAGAAGAUCUACAACCCACUCAAACUGCCUCUGGCAUGGGAUGGCAAGCCGAUCCCUUACUGGCUGUACAAACUGCACGGCCUCGGCGUCGAAUUUCCGUGCGAAAUCUGCGGAAACUUCGUGUACAUGGGCCGACGAGCGUUUGACAAGCACUUUGGCGAGGCCCGCCACAUCUACGGCCUCAAGUGUCUGGGCAUCACGAGCGCUGGCACCGGCGGACUGAGUCUGUUCCGCGAGAUCACAGGCAUACAGGACGCGUUGAACCUAUGGGAGAAGAUCAAGCGCGAGAAACGUGAGAAGGAGGUCAAAGAAGACAGUGUCGUCCAGAUGGAGGACGGCGAGGGUAAUGUCAUGCCUGAGCGCAUCUAUUUGGAUCUGCAGAAGCAGGGGAUUCUGUAA